UGUGCUCUUAGCACCGUUUACAAAUGGCAAUCUAAGAAUUCAUGAGUUCAGUAUCAAUUCAUGGCAGACUAUAGUCCUUAAGGGUAGUGCUGCCAAAGUGUUCCAGCCUCUUAAAUGUUUCACCGGACUGUCCUGUAUUUCUUCUGUGAUGGUUGCUUUGUUUGUGUGGCACCGGGUAAUUUAAUUCCAAGACACCAAGAGUUAUCCUAUAAAAAUGCCCUCUUUGCUGGCAUGAGGUUGCCUGAAGUGAAGGAGGCCAAAUCUCUGGACAAAUGCUAUCCCAAAUUCCCUGCUGCAGUGCUAGAUUUAGCCAAGAAGUGUUUGCAGAUUGACCCACACGAAAGCUGUGCUGAACUCUUGAAGUGUGAUUUCUUCAACAAGGAUGGAUUUGCUGAAAGAUUCGCUCAGGAGCUUAAAUCAAAGAUUCAGAAAGAUGCCAGAAACCAUCAAUUAAAAAAAAAAAAAAAAAUCAGCAAAAGGGACAAAGAUGAUAGCUUAGAAGAAAGAAAAAUCCUUGUUGUCCAGGAUUUUAGCAUUGAGCCAAAGAGCAGAGAUGCAAAGCUGUUCAAGGCAAAGCACUCGAAAACUGAUGCAGAAGGAGCAGACCUCUCCAACCUGAGCUCCCUGUACGACAGUGCAAUCAACCCUUUUACAAUAAGCUCUCAAACCAGUAUCAAAGAUUCCAGCAGCAGCUUGGACUAUGUCAAGAAUGCAGGCAUAGUUAUUCCCCCCAGCAACGAGAACUUUUCUCCCACUGCAGUUGGGAUGGGUCCUUUGCCUGGGAACCUUAAAUACAGAGUUGAUGAAAAGAGUAAAAAAUACUUGAACCCAUUUGUAAGGCAGUGGAAGCAUUCUCCAGCAAGCCAUUACAGUGUAAGCUUGACCUUGGUUACUAAUGAAAAAAACAUCCUUCAGGCAAAUAGGAGAAAAUGGGAAUUCUCCAAGACAAAUGUGCAUUUGCCAGAGCUAAACCAUCUGCCUGAGCUGAGAGGAGUGGAAGCAUGGCACCCCAGAUACCUCAAAAAAGAAAAUAAAACCAUUUCAGAGUCCUGUGUCGCCUCCCUUGCUGCUAUUGAUCUCCAUACCCCAAGUCUGGCCUCACAGCAGCUGUCAGGGACUUUAAUGCCUGAGGCAUCAGAAGGCAGCUUCCCCAGAGCUGAGCACUAGCCUCAUGGAGAAAAUCACACCUACCUGUAAAAAGCCAGUGGGCUCUCAUUUCUGCUGUCUAGCUUUAAUUUCUGCAUACACGUGGUAUGUACAAGCACAUUAUGUUGCCUCUGCCUUUUUAUGGCCAUUGCUUAAUAGAUUCCUA